AAACUGUCAAGCUAGCACGAUAACCCGAUUCACAGGCAAUUGACCACGCUAGUACAAACGAUCACGUUUUCAUAAAUCAACACUUGUGACUGUUGUCUAAAGGUCAUUGAAAAGCACAUUUAAGUAAAGAGACUUCAUACGUCUCGGAAGUGGAAAGUCUAAUCUCUUACUCUAAAAAGCAUAUUUUUUCAAAUUUAAUUUCUUCCGGAAGUACGGAUUUGUAACUUUCGGUUCGAUAAUUACCCAACAAAUUUGGCUCACUUAUUUCCAUGACCAAACUUAGCUCCAAAUUGUAAGACCUAAUGAAAAAUGUAAGAAUUACUAAGGUUCUAACUUCGCGAAAGUUCGUUCAUUCAGAAAUUAAAAAUAGAUUUUCCUUUAAGUCCAUUCGAAAGACUCACUGCAUGCAUGUUUAUUUAAAUUUCCUCAAAAAGUCUUUUGUUUUGUAUUUAGCUGUAUUUAUUUCGCAGUAUAUUCGUUACCCCGGGUAACAGGAGGUCCUGGCUAGUUUUAAUAAGACAAUACGCACUCGAAUAAUCGAUUUUGCCCUUUUUUAGGCCCCUAUGACUGCUGCAUACCCAAAAGAAAUAGCAAGGUUUUGCCUUGCCGUUGCAGGUGGAUUUAUUCCCGUUCAUUUAAGUUUAUAUUUACAACAACCUUCGUAUGCCACCCGUUCUGUUGAGCAUAAUAGGACACGUGAUGUGUGGUUUGUAUGUAACGCUAUUGGUCUGUAUUGCCAAAUAAUUAGCAUUCAUGACAAGCUCGAAUUAUUUACAAAGAAAUUUCGAACGAAUGUUAAAAUGAAUGAACAAAAUGGAGCGGUUUUAAAACCGUAUUUUAGUUGAAAAUACCGUCAAGACAUUCGUAGUCAUCUCGGCUAACGGUUGCCGUGUCCGACCGUCGAACAGGAAACUAAACUCCAAAUAUGGAUGAAAGAAAUCGGCAGUAUUUAUCGGGCAAUAUGGACGAUGAUGUUCGAACGCAGACAUUAGGGGAGACACGGUUUCAAGAGCGACCCUUUGGUUCUGACUCACAAACUGAAGUUAUCCCGCCUAGAAAAGCCUACACCUCGCUAUGGCUGUUCUCCGAAACGAAUCCGUUUCGAGUACGAUGCAAGGCGAUCGUGGAUUCGAAACCAUUCGACUAUUUUAUACUUUUAACCAUUUUUGCCAACUGCAUUUUACUCGCAAUGAACACUCCUCUUCCGAAUGAAGAUAAAUCUAUAACAAAUGAAAGAAUUGAAAGCGCCGAGAUCUAUUUGUUAGUUAUAUUUGGCAUUGAAUGCAUCCUCAAAGUGAUAGCUUUUGGUUUUCUUCUUCAUCCUGGUUCGUACUUGCGAAGCGGCUGGAACAUGCUGGAUUUUGUUGUAGUUGUCACAGGGUUCUUAAGUUUGCCAGAACUCCAGUUAGGGAUCAACGCCGGGAGUUUAAAAGCUCUCAGAGCUGCGAGAGUUUUGAGACCUCUCAAACUGGUCUCGGGUAUUCCAAGUCUUCAAGUCGUCAUGAAAUCAAUUAUGUGUGCCAUAAGUCCAUUGCUGCAGAUUUGUCUACUUGUUGGAUUUGUUGUGGUCUUGUACGCCAUUAUCGGUUUGCAGUUUCUCAACGGAGCGUUUCAUUAUGUCUGUAUUGAGAAUAACGGCACAGCUGCAGUACCAGAUGAGCCUCAGAUAUGUGCUGCUCCAGAUAAAGGUGGUUUAGCCUGCCCAUCAGGUUCUGUGUGUAAACCGGACUGGGAAGGUCCAAAUGACGGGAUUACAAAUUUCGAUAAUGUCUUUCUUGGAAUGCUGACAGUGUUUCAAGUCAUUACCAAUGAAGGAUGGACGGAUAUUAUGUAUUGGACAUUUGAUGCGCUCGAUGACAAUGCUUAUUUCUUCUGGUUCUUGUAUUACUCCCUUGUGGUUAUUGGAUCAUUCUUCAUGUUAAAUCUCGUCCUUGGUGUCCUCAGCGGUGAAUUUGCGAAGGAGAGAGAGCGAGUGGAAAAUCGCAAAGCAUUUUUAAAAGUGAGAAGAUCUGAACAAGUCGAAAGACAAGUGACAGGGUAUUUGGAUUGGUUAAGUAAAGCAGAGGAUAUAUUGAUGGAAGAGGAGGAGAAUGGGGACGAAGGAAUGGAAUAUGAAAGAUAUGAAGGAGGCGUAGCUAUGACGUCAGAUGUGCUAGCUCGACGAAGACACAAGACACAAAAAGAUGAAGGUUUUUGGAAGAACUUCCCACGUCGAAACAAGCGAUGGCGUGUAAAAGUACGUCACAUAGUCAAGCACCAAGCGUUUUAUUGGACAGUUAUCACGUGUGUGUUUCUCAAUACUGUCAGUGUGGCUUUACUACAUUACAAACAACCUGAUUGGCUCACACAGAUGCAAGACACUGCUGAAACGGUUUUCCUGACAUUUUUUUUCGUUGAAAUGUGUUUGAAGAUUUAUGGUCUCGGAUUUCAAAUAUAUUUCAAUUCACAGUUUAAUCGAUUUGACUUCGUGAUUGUUUGGUGCAGUAUCCUCGAGUACAUUCUGUCAAAAGCGGAGGGUAUGAACCUUGGUAUAUCCGUACUCAGAGCUCUUCGUCUUCUAAGAUUGUUCAAAUUUACAAGAUACUGGUCCUCCCUUCGUAAUCUAAUUACAUCACUUCUUGGUAGUAUCAAAUCAAUCCUCAGUCUCUUGUUUCUUCUGUUUCUCUUCAUCGUCAUAUUUGCUCUACUUGGCAUGCAACUGUUUGGCGCUCAGUUCAAGAAAGUGCGUGAUGAAAAUCCUAGGACAAACUUUGAUGAUUUCUGGAACGCAAUGUUGUCCGUGUUUCAAAUUCUCACUGGCGAGGACUGGAAUGCAGUUAUGUACGACGGUGUAGUGGCCAGCGGUGGGCCCCAUUCGGUAGUAGGCCUUGCCUCGUCAUUGUACUUCGUACUGCUGGUCAUUCUAGGGAAUUACACCCUACUAAACGUCUUCUUGGCUAUCGCAGUGGAUAACUUAGCAAACGCACAACAACUGAAUGAAGAUGAAGAAGCCGAAGAGCAAGCGAGAGAGGAAAGAAAGAGAGAAAUUAAGGCUGAAUUUGAGAGAAGAAUAAGGAACGGUCACGCAAUAAACACAGCGGUUGAAAUUGAUGGACGAAGGACCGAUGGUCCCAGGGAAGCAGAAUUUGAACAAGAGGAUGAUGGUGAACUUCGUCCUGCAAAUUUGGUGAGAACGAUGCAAAACCCAGAACGUAUCGUUCCACAACCCUCAGAAAAUGCUAUCAUUGACACAAAGACAUUCUUUAUCUUCUCCCCCACAAAUCCUAUCCGAAUUGUGGCUCACAGGAUAGUGAACUUCAGACAUUUUGACAAUGGAAUUCUGGUGUGUAUUCUAAUCAGUAGCGUUCUCCUGGCUUGCGAGGAUGUUGUUAAUGAAGAGGCGACAAUAAACAAGGUUUUAACAUAUUUCGACUAUGUGUUUACGACGAUAUUCGCCUUUGAGGUUGUCGUAAAGAUGAUCGAUUAUGGCGUGGUUUUGCACAAAGGCUCGUAUUUACGAAGUGGUUGGAACUUCAUUGAUGCCUUGGUCGUAUCAUCUGCCAUCGCCUCACUGGUUCUUGCAUCCAACCCAGACUCUUCGCCAAGUGCUCAGAAAGUGGUUAAACUUCUUCGUGUGCUCCGUGUGUUGCGUCCUCUUAAGGCCGUUAACAAAUCGAGGAAUCUCAAGGCUGUGUUCCAAUGUAUUGUAUUCUCACUGAAGAAUGUUAUGAAUAUCUUACUUAUUACAAUAUUGUUCUUGUUCAUAUUUGCUUGUAUCGGAGUUCAGCUGUUUCAGGGUAAAUUCUUCAUGUGUAACGAUGUUUCUAAAAUGACGGAGGAGGAAUGCCAAGGUUCCUAUUACGCAUACUCGUCAGAUUUGAGUGAUAUUAAUAAGCCAGAGAAAACUGACCGAGAGUGGGGUAAACAUGAUUGGCAUUUUGACAAUGUUUUAUACGCAAUGAGUACGCUUUUUGCAUCCUCGACCGGGGAAGGAUGGCCCGCAGUUAUGCAAGCUGCCAUUGAUGCAACAGACAUUGACAGAGGUCCCAUCACUAACAACCAGAUUGAAGUUGCUUUAUACUUCAUUCUGUUUGUAGUGAUAUUCUCGUUCUUUUUCAUCAAUAUAUUUGUCGCUCUCAUCAUUCUCACAUUCCAAGAUGAGAAAGAGAAAGAGCAAGGGGACUGUGAACUAGAGAGAAACCAGCGUGAUUGUCUCCACAUUGCCAUCAUCAAGAAACCAAUCCAGCGCUUCAUGCCAGACAAUCCAAAUUCUCCGCAGUAUCGUGUAUGGCAGGUUGUCGAUUCUGCACCGUUUGAAUAUUUUAUCAUGUUGCUUAUCGUCUUAAACACGUUGACAAUGAUGAUGAAGUAUUACAAUGAGCCUGCAAUAUACCGUACUUACCUGGACAGAUUUAAUGAAGUUUUCACAUUCCUGUUCACAUUGGAAGCUGUGCUAAAGCUGUACGUUUUUCGUGUGAAUUACUUUCGUGAUGGAUGGAAUUGUUUUGAUUUUGUGAUUGUCCUGGGCAGUCUACUUGACUUCAUUUUAACACACGGAACGUCUGGUGCACUACCGUUCGACGUAAGCAUGUUCAGAUUGUUCCGUGCCGCAAGAUUAGUGAAAUUGCUGAAACGAGGCUACACCAUCAGAAUUUUAUUGUGGACUUUCCUACAAUCAUUCAAGUCUUUGCCGUAUGUUGGUAUUAUGAUUGGACUUCUGUUCUUUAUCUAUGCUAUCAUUGGAAUGCAGCUGUUUGGUAAAGUUGCGACCAACCAAGGUGAAUUGGACAAGGAGAAGGAUGGUAGUGAUAUCUGGGGUCAAAUUGCUCCUAGAAAUAAUUUCCGAAGUUUCUUUCCUGCCAUUCAAGUCUUAUUCAGGUCGGCUACUGGUGAAAACUGGCAUUACAUCAUGUUGGCCUGCAGUUCUGAAGCGUUGUGCACCGAGGACGCAGUACCCAAAGCGGAGAAAGGAGCGACGUGCGGCAGUGAUAUCACAUAUCUAUACUUCAUCAGUUUUGUAUUCCUCUGUUCUUUCUUGAUGUUAAAUUUGUUCGUCGCUGUCAUCAUGGACAACUUCGAAUAUCUAACUCGAGAUGAGUCAAUUCUUGGUCCACAUCAUCUUGACGAGUUCGUGAGAGUCUGGGCCGAGUUUGAUCCGGCUGCGACGGGUCGUAUUAAACACACUGAGGUGUGUCAAUUGUUGCGUCAGAUGGUUCCUCCGGUUGGUAUUGGAAUGAAAUGCCCAAAGAUUGUUGCAUACAAGCGUCUUAUAAAGAUGAAUAUGCCUCUGGAUUCAGACGGGACAGUCGAGUUUACAGCGACGCUAUUUGCACUGGUCAGAACAGCGUUAGGAGUUCUGACUGAUAAUAAUAAUUUAAAGAAGAAUGAUAAAGAAAUGCAAGCCUUGUUAAAAAGAGUUUGGCCAAAAUUAACAAAGAAUACUUUAGAUAAAAUAAUGCCGAAGCCACCACGAAAUGCUGGUGCACAACAGAUGACUGUAGGAAAAAUAUAUUGUGCAAAAUUAAUUUAUGAAAAUUAUAAAUUUUUGAAAAGGAAGGGAGAUGCCCAGGAUGGAGGGAAUUUGCUAGGUCGUUUUGUUGGUGGAAAUGGUUACCGAAAUCACAGUCAGGACAUUGAACGUGGCGAGGAUAUCCCAAUGAGAUCUGUGCAUCGCUCAGUUACCCCCACAGAUACAACAAGCCACAGAUCAUUACCGCCAUCGCUAUUAUCUCAAAGUAGGCAUUCACGAACGUCGCUCAGUAGUUCACCUGUGCCACGAACUGGCAGUACUGGUGACAGCGGUGUAUCUGAGAAUGGUUACCAUCCAAAUAUGAACCAACAUAUUGCAAUGGCAAUAAGGAGCGGCAAGAGCCCGUACGCUAUAUAUGGAUUGCAAGAGGUCGAUGAUGGCGAUGAUUGGUGUUAACAAAUCUUAGGAAAAUUGAAAUUUGGAACUGAAAAUGUUCUCUUGUCAAACGGAAGCUAUUAUAUGUUUUCAACUCGUCAAGUGGAAGCUGCGUUUCCUAUGACUGGCCAAAUGUUUAAAUGUCCAUCUCUGAUUGGUUAGAAAAUGUUAUAUUGCCCGGAUUUGAUUGGGUAAAAGGUGAUAUUGGUCUCAAAGACAGAACACCUUGACUUACGAAGAAUUAUUAACAAAUUAAUCAUCGCUAACAGCAUAGAAGAUACAGAAUACUAAGACAGAUAUUUACUCAAAUGUACAGAAAUUGAAGUUCCAGAUAUUUAAAGAUUUUUAAAGUGCUACAAUAAUACAUGAAAUACGAGAAUAAUUACUUAAUGAAAAUCAAGUCCUAUGGAUCAUGGAAUGGAUCAUAAAAUGACUUUAUACAGGAUUAAAAACAGACAAGCAUCACUUAUCAGUACUGGGCUCGUUAUUUUGGACUUCACGAUCCUUGGCCUAAAUCAACGUGUGAAGAUAAUGAACAGCAUUGUAGCUUGAGCUUUAUUUAGUCCACCGGACAGAAGAUCGAAAAAACAAGCCUUAUAGUCACCGAACUGCGUUUCCAGUCCUUAGUUGAAAUCGUCUGUUACAGGUGUUAGAAAUCCAUAGUAUUUGUAGUUUGAAAAUAAUUGCUGCGGGACAACUAAAAAAGGUAGAGAAUUUCGCUGGUAUGACUAAUAUUGCCAUCCCAUGUAUUUAAAUAUUAUGGACUAUUAUGAAACUUGCCAUUAACUGUUCACAUGUAGUACAUUGUAGAAUUUGUGUCUCAACAUGGAUGGUAGUUAAAAAGACUGAGGUAAAUUUUAGAUCAUGUCUUGGCACAAACCCAGGCAACGUUUUACAUCUGGGACAUGGAAAAGAGGCAUGCGUGAUUUGAAAAACAAAUAAUAGUAUUAUCUGCUAAAAUAUACAUGCAAUGGUGCAUCAAAAUGGGAACCUUAAGACAUUUACUUUAUCAUUAUGGCUAGUCUCUACGCUGAACAUAAAACACAGGUCCUAGAUGUAAUUUGAAAUAAUUCAGUUGUUUAUGUGGAGUCUCAGCCUGAAAACUAUGGAUAUUGUUCUGUUUAAGAAUAAAAUGGGAAAAUGCUGUCGGAAACAGAUUAAUUAAACAUACAAAAUCUAUUGUCAUUGAUCCUGUGUUCCUAUCUGAUUUUAUGAAUGUACCAAACAGUCUCAAACUUUCUGUAUCAAUUGUUUAAUUCUCUUUUUCAUAUCUCAAAAAAAAGUGCGUUUGUCGAUCGGCGCUUUACUGAUUCUUGAAAACUGUUUUCUAAACUUGAACAAAUUGUUGUUCAAAGCCUCAGACUCAGUAAGCUAUCAUUCAUGUUAAACUGAAUGACUAUUAGCAUAUAUAAUAUUAACAUAUAGAAUUUAGCCGAAAGAUGUUAUUUAAGAAUAAUUUAUAGGUCUAAUUUAUUUAUAAACUACAUUUAUUUCCCUUCCAACAAACGAGGGUGUUAAGUUUUAGAGUAAUUUAAUAUUUUAAUUGUGUAAUUUUGCGUAUAGUGCGCUUAUUUUAAAGUAAUGUUUGUUAAAGAUUUUCAACGCUUUUUUAAAUUAUUGUAUAUAAGAUUAUUAUUAAU